AGUACACGUCACGGAGCAGCCUGGACUGGGGAUUUAAAUAAAGAACAAUGGUACUGAAAUCAAGACCAUUUCGCAAUGGAUAGGUGAGCGCAUAGCAAUACACCACUAUCACCAAAAUAAAGGAGAGCAGCGUCACGCCGCGGGUGUAGGCCGGCUAGACUUUUUGUAUAUCUGUCUGUCCGUCUCCUAGCCCGAGCCAUGGGGAAUUUAACCCGAGGACUUACCAGUCUGGUGGUAGUGAUUAUAUCAGUAAUACUGGGCAUUGUGUUGUUUUCAGCUAACAAUGUAGAUGCGUAUAGAAGGGGCGGAUCUAGAUAUUACAGAUCGUACCGGUAUUCCUAUUACUCCCGUUAUUACUACUACAGAUACUACGGCUACGCGACCACUGGAAGCUCAUCAGAUGCCGGAAUAAUUGCUGGUGCUGUGAUUGGCAGUCUUUUUGGAUUGGUGCUUAUUGGUGUGUGUAUUCUGUUGGUGAGGCAUCACAUAAAGAAAAGCGCUAAUACUAAAAGAACCCAGGUUAAAAAGGAAGCUGCUCAUGUUACAUUACAUACACCCCAGUCAGUUAUUGAUAAAAGACAAGAGCUGUAUGAGAGAAAAGGUCCAGAGUAUUUCCAUCAACAGCCUCCUGGUUAUAAUAAUAUGUAUGGACAGGCUCCCCCGCCGUACGGUAACCCACCCCCGGGGGCCUUCGCUUACCAGCCCUCAGCCUAUCCCCCUCCAGCUGACCCGGCGUACCCCCCGGGAUACGUUCCGAAAUAAAUCUACAACAUGUACUAUUUACCUCGAUAUACUCAUUUUACAGCAGUAUUAUUAUCGACCUGUACCGUGGUACUGACAGUGUUUUCUGCACUUUAUACAUGUACAUAGUGCGGACAUGGAUAAUGCCAGCAUUAUUUUACAGCAUUAGCACAUGUUCGGCUUUUUUAGCACAAUCUCAGUGAUGACGUAUAUAUUUUUGCUAUAUACUAUCCAUCUGGUUAUUUUCCUUUGAGUGACGGUUCUGCCUAUACGCUUGACUAUCCGUCCAAUUACUAUUUUCUGUGAUACCUUAUGUGGGUUUUAUUUCAUAAAUGAGACUCAAGCUAUGUAUAUUUAUAAUUAAUUUGGAUGGAACCUGUUUAAACAUAUGUAAAUAUGUAUAGGAUGUACGGCCUGAAAUAAAGGAGUAUUAAAAAGGA